ACUCCAGGCUUGUAGAUUUGUGGCGCACCCAACCCCUGGUCUCGCAGCAAGAGCGACAAUGGCGGAUCCCACGGUGCUCCCCGCCACGUCCACCACAGGCGGCUACAGAGUAUAGACCCGACCACGAACGACGCAUUUCCGAACGAUCUCAGCGAAGUCGAAUCUCUUCGAAUACGAGCAAGGACCCAAACUUCUUUCAAGGAUCAAUGUGCAUAAAGGAUCUUCAGGGUUUUGUACAUGAGGAUUUCUCUGUGUUGAUGUUAUAUGGCUCUGCAUCUUUUUCAGAUCUGAACUAAGAUCCUAUAACCCUUGCAAACUUUAGUGCAGUAGCCGAUACUUUGGGUUGACAAAACAUGACAGAAGUAUUCAGUUACACAGCAUGCAGACAGUUGUCUCAGAUGAUAUUUGCAAUCAUCUUCUUUCACAGUUCUGAAUAUAUGUUAGCAGUUGGAAUUCAUGGGAAAUCCAACGUAACUCUAAAGUCCCUUCUGAUAAGCAAAAACUAUCUGUUGGCGAUGAUGUUAUGUUUCUUAGAGUACUUUGUUGGAAUUGUGUUGUGUCCCGGUCUUAAGGAAUACUGGUGGGUUAGUCAGACAGGCCUUGCAAUGGUUGUAGUUGGAGAAACAGUACGUAAACUGGCAAUCGUAACUGCAGGUCGGUCUUUUACACAUCUGAUUAAGAUCUAUCAUGAGGACCACCACAAGCUGAUUACUUAUGGAGUCUAUAGAUUUAUUCGUCAUCCUGGAUACAGCGGUUUCCUUGUGUGGGCAGUUGGCACUCAAAUCAUGCUCUGUAAUCCCAUUUCAACAAUUGGAUUUGCUGUUGUGGUUUGGCAAUUCUUUGCUGAACGAAUUCCAUAUGAAGAGUACUUCCUGAGACAGUUUUUUGGCCGCGAGUAUGAGCAGUACACGAAUCGGGUACCUUCUGGAGUGCCAUUCGUGAAAUGAAGGUCGAAUAUUUGGAGUUGGAGUGAUCAUUGCAUGGUUCCGUUCUUGAGGUAUUGGAACUUUGCACCGGGAGUUGUUUUUGUGUUGUAUAUUAAGGCGCUUCUGACUCAUGGUUUCUGGGAUUGCAUCUAUGAGUCAAGCCUUAGGAUCUACUUGUAACAUUUUUGUCAAUUAUGAUGGAAAUAUAUAUCAUUUAAACUAAUUGUGAGAAUUUGGGUACUCGAUUUAUUCAUUCUUGUUAAAGCA